GAGCCAAUGAGAAGGCGCGAUGUUGACGGGUCUUAAGAUGUCUGCUGGACGGCCGGCUACGGAUCGUUGCUGUACCCGGAAGACAGCUGCAGUCAAUGGGAGUGUCAGCAAGCUAGACGUCCUACAUCAGAAUUUGCAACGCUUAGUUCUGUGCUGGGAGGGGAUUCUUCCCGCUCGGGGAUCGGAGUGUGACCCUGCUGCCGGAGAGCCUGCAGAGUUACGGGUUGUGCAGCCAAACAGGAAAAGAUGUACCUUUCUAGAGCCACCCUGUUGCAGUCUUGCACCCUCAGAAAAGAUGUGGAGUGGGCUGCUACCUCCUGGCCUAAAUGAAAGUGAUGUUGAGUUGAAUUCUGAUGAUGAAGCCACAGUAGAGAGCUCUGAACUUAACUUAGAAGAAGGUAAAGAAGAUGGGACCAUUACAAACACAGAGGUCUCAGAUAUCCCUACAGAUGGACCAAAAACUGAAGCAGAGGCAAAUGUAAAUGCAUAUGAAGAGUGUCCCUCUGGAAUUCCCUUAAAUAUGUGGAAUAAAUUUCAAGAACUGCAUACAAAACAUUCUGAACAGAAAAUCUCAACUUCAAGAUCCAGAAAGAAAAAAAGAAAACGCUCCAGAAAAGGUAAAUUGAAGAACGAAGAAGAAUCUCAAAGUGAACAGUCCUCAAGUGAAACCCAGUUGAAGGAGCUUACUCAGUAUUUUGGAGUCAACGAUAGGUUUGACCCCCCUGUUAAAAGGAAAAAAAUUGAAAAGUCGGGCCUUGAAAAGAGCAUAGACCAGGCUGUGGAAGAGUGGAACAUUGAGAAGGCUGAGGAGCUCAGCAAUCAGCUAGCUACUCGAGAGCUUGGUGUAAAAAUUGCCAAAGCGAUUGCCUGCCACAACUUUGUAAAAGCCAAAAAGGAUGCUGAAAAUUCACAGGUUGCUCGAAAAAAGAAGAAACUUGCCUGGGGGUUUGAAGCAAAGAAGAGGUGGGAAACCAAAAGCAACAUGGGAUAUAUGUGACUUGCCAGAGUUCUUCAAGACCUUUGGGACUUCACUUGAGUCUUCAGUUGCUUAAUUUACUGAAAAGAUUUUCCUGUUCAUGUUAACUAUGUUGGGAAAUUGAUGGAAAUAGAAAAAAAUAAGCAUAAAAUUUGGAAGUUGAUUAUCAAAUCUUUUUUCAGUCUUUUUCUAAAGAGCUCAUCCUGCUGAAGUGAAUGAAAUGGAGCAUUCUGUUAUUUGUACAAGAAAUCUAAGCAUACAUACAGGAAAAAAAAAAGAUAGGAUUUUAUUUAUUUAUUUAUAUAGACCUCCAGUAUAAAAUCAAUUUUACUUUUCAUCCACUUGGUGUAGCAUAGCCAAUGAGCUCCUUGUACUUUCUUAUCUGUACUCGGUGUAACUGCACUUAUUCUGGAGCUGUGUUUUUAAGAUUGGCAUUUGUUUAUAAUGGAUUAGUCAUAAGCGCAAGAAAGAUACUGUCUUCACAAAUGACUUUAUCUUAAUGUUAUAAAAGUAAUUAUUGGUUCUUUAUUGGAGACAGUAGAGUUGAUAUUUCACAGUCACAUAAUAAAAGCAAUUGAUUAA